CUUGUGGGGAUCGCUCCGUCGCGUAGCAUUACGUCUCCCCCCGCGCGCGAUGGCGCUGGCGGCCGCGGGCCCGGCGCAGCUGGUGCGCUGCGGGCAGAAGGACGAGCUGUACCGGAGCGGGCUGCGGAGCGGGGCCGGCACCGCGCUGCACGGGCUGGCGGGUGCCAGGAAGUUGCUGGAAUGGAGGAAAGAGAUUGAACUGCUUUCUGACGUAGCCUACUUCGUCCUUACCACUUUGUCAGGUUAUCAGACUCUGGGUGAAGAGUACGUUAACAUUGUUCAAGUUGACCCAACCAAGAAAAGGGUACCUUCUUUUCUCCGACGAGCCAUCUUCGUUUCUCUUCAUACUGUAGUACCCUAUUGCUUAGAAAAGGGAUUACUGCAUCUGGAACGUGAGUUACAGAUAGAUGCUGAUGAGUCCGGAACCUCGCAGAGCAACCCAGCACUUACCUUAUCCAGUAGGACCUUGGUACGAAACUGGAUACAGAAACAAGUCAGGGAGCUCACAGAACAGCAGAAGAAAGCAGUGUUACAAGUUGUGUAUGUUCUUAAACAAUGCAUACCUUUGCUUUGUCGACUACAUCUGGCAGUAUUCUACAUAAGUGGCACUUUUUAUCAUCUGUCCAAAAGAAUCACAGGAAUCACAUAUCUGCAUUUUGGAGGACCUCAAAGAGAAGAUCGGAGUAUUCGAUCGAGUUACAAGUUUCUUGGAAUAAUUUCACUCUUCCAUCUUCUUCUAACAAUCGGUGUUCAGAUGUACAGCUUCAAACAGAAGCAGAGAGCAAGGCAGGAAUGGAAACUACACCGCAACCUAGCUCAUCAAAAAAAUACGACCAAGGAAAAAAGUACUGGGCGCCACUCCCGCUGCACUUUGUGUUUGGAAGAACGGAGACAUGCAACAGCCACACCUUGUGGCCAUCUGUUCUGCUGGGAAUGCAUCACGGAAUGGUGUAACACCAGAACAGAGUGUCCACUGUGCAGAGAGAAGUUUCAUCCUCAGAAACUGAUCUACCUACGUCACUAUCAACUGUAAAGGAAAAAAUCUAUUGUUUCACAACAAGGGCCUCAGCUCUCAUACCCUUUAUAAAGUUCUCAUACAGCUUGAGUUAGUCCAAGAAAAAGACUUUAUUAUAAAACUGGUAACUGCCUGCACAAGAUGGCACUUCAUUCCUGUUUUACAGAACAAAUCUAUUUCUGCCUCUACCCUUCUGUUUCUUCUAACACAGUUCUGAACCAUAUUAAAAAUAUGUUUUUCUAAAAAGUUCUUGACACAAAUCUAAUAGUUUUCUUCAGUUUGGACAAAGAAAAAUUUAAAUCAGAUUCUCAUUCGAUAAACAUAAGCGUGGAUAACGAGUCUUCCAACCUUUCAGAGCAUGCUUAAGGAAGCAGUAAAAUUCUACUAUUUGUAAGACUCCCUUUCUCCUCUAACCUAGUAAUGAGUCCCUGCUGUAGACUUCAGGGGAAAAGGACAAAAGCUGUACAUAAAUCCUUAGUUUAACUGCAGCGGAAGUUCUGAUGAUAACUGUAUGUUAUGUACCAUUCUGUUUUCAUAACAAGGUUAACAAUAAAGCAGGUUUCCUUGAUUUGACAAA